AUGGCUCUGCCAACGGACUGUGAAGAGGACCUGCUUCUCGUGUGUGCGCAAGGCCGUAUAGAUACAGAGAAUGACUCCCUCUCUACUGCUCCCAUGCUCCCCCCUCCUCCCCCUCCUGGAUCUGCUUCACGUGAUCUGAUUCAAGUGUUUGCGCAAGGCCGUAAAAUUACAGAAAAUGACUCCCUCUCUACUGCUCCCAUACUCCCCCCUCCUUUCCCUCCUUCUCUCCCUCCCAUCAGGAUCUACGAUCUACUUCACGUGAUCUACUUCACGUGUGUGUGCAAGGCCGUCACGGGAUGCACGGCGCGGAAGGUGGAGGACCGCAUGCCCGGCCCGCCUCGCGGCAAGCACACCGCGCCACCCACCGCCGCCACUGCUGUGGUAAAUGUCGCUGAUGUUGCUGGUUAUGUACCGGCCUUUGCUUUGGACGAUGAAGAAUGCUCCACUCGCCCCAAGCGUGUGGAGAUGUGCAAGAAGGAAGCUUUUCAUUCAUCUGCCCGCGUGGGGAUGGAAGAUCUCCCUUCAUCUGCCUGCACGGAGAUGCGUACAGUGGUGCGGCUGACGACCUCGGGGUUCCACAACCACCCUUCCUCUCUGUGUCUCAAGCGCCGCCGCCGCAGAGACUCCACGGAAGGAAGCACCGCAGCUGCUGCUUCAAAAGAGGAGAAGAGCAACAAUGAACCCCUCUCUGGCCUCUGGACGCCUCACGCCGACCCAGCGAGUCAUGCGCCGACUUCGAAACGCCACCUAGAAAAUCCUUCCAAGGCAUCGCGGACUGGACAGUUCAAGCCAAUCCCUCCAUGGAUUUCCGACGUGCCAUCCCACAGGUCCGGAAAAACUAUGGGCGCUUCUAGUGAAGCAGCCACUGGCCUUAUCCCGUCCUAUGGCAUCGGCUCUCUUGUUCAAGUUGAACCCAAGGAGGCUCUCACUUCCCCUGCGCCUGCAGUCCUCUCGCAGAGGAGUUGUGUCUCAACGCCGCGGCAGAGGGCGUUCAGAAGCGUGUGUGAGCAGAUCAUGGCGCUUAGCAAAGAGCCAGCUGAGAUGAGAUACGAGCCUCCAAAGCGGCAGCGGGCAACCCGUGUGGAAUCUGAGCCGGAUGGUCAAGGGGAGAGCCCCCGCACCAGCUGCUGCCACGUGGGGCCCUUACCUGCUGUUGGCCGUGCUGCAUCUGCUCCUCAGUUCCUAACAGCAACCCGCGCCACUCAAGGAGUCCAACAGAGCAACCCCGGACCGCCACAGCUAGGGCCGCCAGAGAAAGGGGCCCCGCAGCAUGACGGCGUGGACGACAGGAGCAGUGCCUGCGUGCAUACGUCGCGAGGUGUUGGCGUCUGCAUGAGCAGCAGCAGCAGCUUCGGUGGUGUUCCAGGCAUGGGAGGCCAGGAUCUCGCUGCAGUUGCCAGUGCUGCUGGUGGUGAUGGUGGUGCUGGUGGUGCUGGUGAUACUGCAGCUUCAGUACCUGCAGCCGCGGUCAAUGCUUCGGCCUCGGUGGUGACAGCAAUCGUAGAUUCCCACAGUCCUGCUCCUGCUUCUGCUGCUGCUGCUGCUGCUGCUGCUGCUGCUGCUGCUGCUGCUGCUGCUGCUGCUGCUGCUGCUGCUGCUGCUGCUGCUGCUGCUGCUGCUGCUGCUGCUGCUGCUGCUGCUGCUGCUGCGGCUGCGGCUGCUAUGCCCAACUCAGCAGAGGUGCUGCAUGCGCUAGCGAUGUCUCGCUUCUAA